GGGAACCCCGUGGCAGUUGCGUCGUCGUUGCGCAGAUUCAGUUUGAACCUGGAGCGGAGUGACCUUCCCGGUGUAGUUGAAGAGAGUUAACACUCCGACAGCAGACCGGUGGUCGCGUCCUAUCGGUAGCACCCGCCGCAGAAAUGAACAACAAUUUAGCCGGAGAUGAAAUCGGGAAGCUCUUUGUGGGUGGCUUGGACUGGAGUACCACACAGGAAACGUUACGGAAUUAUUUCUCUCAGUAUGGGGAAGUAGUUGACUGCGUCAUAAUGAAAGACAAGACUACCAAUCAGUCACGGGGUUUUGGUUUUGUCAAGUUUAAAGACCCCAACUGCGUACGGACAGUGCUGGAGACGAAACCACACAACUUGGAUGGCAGAAAUAUUGACCCAAAGCCAUGUACUCCACGAGGCAUGCAGCCUGAAAAAACGAGAUCAAAGGACGGUUGGAAGGGUGGCAAAGGUGACAGCAAUAAAUCCAAGAAGAUCUUUGUAGGUGGAAUUCCUCAUAACUGUGGUGAACCUGAACUCAGGGACUAUUUCAGUAGAUUUGGAGUGGUUACCGAAGUGGUAAUGAUCUAUGAUGCAGAGAAGCAAAGGCCUCGAGGUUUUGGAUUUAUUACUUUCGAGGCCGAACAAUCAGUGGACCAGGCUGUCAACAUGCAUUUUCACGACAUCAUGGGCAAAAAAGUAGAGGUGAAGAAGGCCGAGCCCCGGGACAGCAAAGCCCCAGGCCCUGGGCAGCCUGCAGCCGGCCAGUGGGGCCCCAGGGGCAUCUUGACCACAGCUAACGGCUGGUCCGCACAGCCAGCUCAGGGUUGGCAACAGAGCUAUGGGCCUCAAGGAGUUUGGGUAUCCACGGGCCAGCCAAUAGGUGGUUACGGGCCCCCGCUCCCCACAGGCAGAGGGGCCCCUGCACAGCCCCCCUCGCCUUUUAAUGCUUUCCUUGUCACAGCUACACCUGCGGGUGGCUUUGGGGCACCUCAGGGAUACCCUCAACAGGGGUACGGCACCCCACCUCAGUUUGGGUACAGUUUUAGUACUCCUCAAGGUGACCAGUUUGCCCCACAAGGAGUGCCUCCCCCUCCAACCACCCCUGUGGCAGGACCUCUUGGGUUUGCCCCUGCCACCACCCCUACUCAGGACUUGAGCAAAGCUCCCACAGCACAGCCUGACUUCCCCUACAGUCAGUAUGGCUUGGGUAACUAUCCUCAGGACCCCUCUGCCUACGGACCAACGCGUCCUUCUCACAGUUAUGGUCAGGAUGAGCAGGGAUAUAGUGGAGGCUACGGUCAAGAGCUAACCGGCUUUGGACAGAGUUUUACUGACCCCAGCCAGCCUGCGCCCUCCUAUGGGGCUCCUUCAGCACAGCCCUCAGCAGGACCCCCAUCCACAGCCAGCAGCUUCGGCCGUGGACAGAAUCACAAUGUUCAGGGCUUCCAUCCUUAUCGGCGCUGAGAGUGACAUGGCACAACACAAAAGUACAAAUGUCAGGGAAAUAGGUGAAUAAGUAUAUUCUGUUCACAAAAAACAAAACUGGAUUUUAGGUGGGGUGUUUUUGUCUAAACACUCAUGCUUACAAAAACACUUAUGACCAGGGAUUCCUUUUUUGGAUUCAAUCUCAUAUGCUUGAUAUAAGAGUUUUAUUGAACCUUGAAAAUGAAAUUAAAUGAUCAUUUUUGUGGUCUUUUCCAAAUGUAUAUGGAGUACUAAAAACUAUUUCACAAUACAAUUUGACUGUCCAGUCGAACAGCAGAAAAAAUAUUUGCCAGAUAAAAUUAUGACAACAGGGUAUUGAGUCAUUUUUCAGCUUUAAUUCUAAGAAAAAGUAAUUUAAGAUUUUUGAUUUUCAUUUGUGAAUUUACUU